CUCCGCUCAUUUUACUUCUGGAAUGCGUCGUGCAGUUCUUCGUUCUCCCAAUUUCCGAAUUUCCUUAAAUUCCCAAAUAGAAAUGCAUUUAAUAGCCAGUUUAUCAACUUUCGGUUCUCGUCUAUAUAUUUGUCCAAACGAUCAACAACAACAAACUCAGAGAAAACUUUUGGCAGAAAUUGAAACAAUGGGGGAAGGAAUGUUUGUGGAAGAAGAUGAUACACUUAAAGAAUUGGGAAAUUGUGAACCUUUACUUGGACCGAAAGUUGUUAGAAGUAAAAUGGAACAUUUAAUUAUUCAAUUAGAUCCAGAAAUUAGACAUUUCUCUUUAGUAGCAAUUCAUGACAAAUUUGAACAAUUUGGGGAUGCACAAAUAGUAAUACACUCAAUUAAAUUAAAUGAUCUCAAUGGUCAAUCAAUUUGUUAA